AUGGGUGUUGGCCCUGGUACCCUCAGUACGGCUGCUUUUGAAGCAGCCGAGGAUCUUUACAGCCUAGGCGUUAUCACAGUCGCUUCGUUCCGUCCGUAUUUAGGACUCUCAGUUCCCAGCCCCAAGACGGAGAAGAUCAUUAGCUCUGGAGUUCUGCGUGGAGAAAAUGCUCGCAUUCAGCUGCAACUUGCUCUCGGUGCAGGUUGUGACUUUAAAGGGAUCCAGAAGCUUUUUGAGUUUUUGAGGGUGAGGUUAGGAAGGCUGUGUACAAUGAUGCCACCGCUUUCUUUAAUGGCACAGUUCUGUGAAAAACAAAUAAAGCAGAGCAAUAUCUUGUGCGCUUUACGAAUAUCACAAUAUGAGAAGGUUGUUGCAAACCAUCCAAAAUAA